AAAAGGCUCAUCCGAGCCAACCUGAUCCCGUUUUUGUAUGGUAGUCCACUCAUAAACCCUGGCUUGAAAAUUCCUACGUAUUAAUACCAUCCUUAUCUGUUGACGGUGGGUGUCGCCGAUUGCCGUUGAAGGGAAGCAGAGACGCCGGAAUGGCGUCACAGCACGGCAUCAAACUCGCCGUUUAUCUCGUCUCCUCCUUACUCGGCGAUCAAAACGCCAAAGUAUGUGAGUGUCUGUUGAGAAGAGGAACCCUAACAUUACAGCAGAUUAUUCAGUUCACAGAGCUUAGCGCAGAUAAUGUAAGGAAGUGUCUACUCGUGUUAAUUCAUCAUAACUGUGUUCAAGCCUUUGCCAUUAAACAAGAUGGUGCAUUUGGGACUCAACCAAAAAUUGUGACUAAUUACAUGGCAUUAUUUGAUAAUAUAAUCCAUAGGAUGAGGUUUCCUAAGUUUCUAGAGAUUGUGUCCCAGGAGCUUGAUAAAAAAUGCGGAGAGAUGUUUGAAGGGUUGCUUCAGCAUGGCAGGCUUUCUUUCAGCCAAAUACUUGAUAGGCACAAGGAAACGGCAAAACAAGAAGUUUCUGGUGAAGAUGAUGUGUUCGAUAGAUUCCAACGCCUUGUUCAAGCUCGAUUUGUAGAACACUGUCCAGACCCACUACCAUUUCUUGAACCGUCUUCUAAAGAUGAAUCCGCAGCAAAGAAAAAAGCCAAAAAAGCUGGCAAGUUCGCCGAAAAGAGUAUAGAGACCCAGGCUUUAGAAGAAGCAUCUCCCAUGGAAUCAUUAAGGUUUUCAGUUGAAAUGGACUCCUGGAAUGACGUUCCUGGGUGCAGCAAAAACACCAAAAAGGAAAUAAGUGUGGCAGUUGGAGGGAAGCGCAAGAAAGAUGAGACUGAGUUGUUGGUGAAAGAUGAAAAGAAAGUGCUUUGGCGUGUUAAUUGUGAAGAGUUUGUGCGCCGCUUAAGACAUAAGGCUUGUGUUGCAAAUGUGAAAGCACGACUUAAUGAAGAAGCUGCAAUUGUUCUUGAUGCCAUCCUGGAACUGAGUAGAAGCUCUGGAACCCAAGUAAAAGCUGAUAAUUCAGCAUCAUUGUCUAUAAGUUCAAUUUAUGAUGCUGUGAUAACAAAAGAAGGUGGUCUUGGUAUGGAUUUGGAACGCAUCAGAGGCUCACUUGUCCAACUGGGUUGUGAAGUUCCUCUGAUCCCGAUUGAUGAGUCAUAUAGUAUUGAUCUAAAGAAUAUAAUUGAAGUAGCAAGGACUGAAGAGGUGGAGCCCAUUGUGUUAAAACGGUAUGGAAGGGAGGCCUAUAGGAUGUUUAGGCUAGUCUCAAAAACUGGCCGACUCAUGUUAACUGAAGAGAUUUCAGAUGCCACGUUUGUUGAAAAGAAAGAUGCACUCAGGAUUCUUCUUGGACUUUGGCAGGAUGACUACUUGCAGAUGAAGAAAAUAAUUGUGCGCGGAAGUAAUCAAACAGAACAAAUGUUGUGGAAUAUUAGUAAACAGUUUCUCUGGAAGCGUGUUCUGGAUGAAAUGUACCACGCUGCAUUGAAUUUGAGACUGCGAAUUACACACGAACAAGAGCAAGUCAAAAAGCUUGUAGGGGAGCUGGGCAGAGGAGACGGGAGAUCUGCAAAUGUUAGGCUUCUACUAGAGUCUGCCUUUAUGAACCUUGAUGAUGCUAUCAUGCUCUUCCAUGACUUUUAGGAUCCUAAGGGUAAUGAAAAAAAAGUUGAGGUUGAUAAGAAAUAUGGAGUUGAAGACCCCUUUUUACGGUUAUAUUUUUGGGGAUAUACUUUAUGUGUUUCUAAAAACACUCUUGGAUGUUUGUGUUGAUACUCUUGUCAUUUUAAGGACUUCUUGGACUGGAUUUGAUUUACUCGGGACGAGUAAAGGUUUAAGUGUGGGGUGUUUGAUAUGCACUAAUUAGUCUUAAGCUCUUAAGCACUAAUCAUCCCUUCUUCCAUACUCUUAAGCUCAGUUUAGAAUAGCAUUUCUUUAUUUUUUUCUAGCAUGUUUAGUUUCCAAAUGAGGAGCUAAACUUCCAUUUCUUGGUGUUGCUCUUGAAGCUUGUUGAUUAUUAAAGUUGUGAGUUAUUUUCUUAACUUCUUCCCUUGAA